GCCCCGGAAGGAGUCGCGAGGAAGUCGCUGCCCCGGGCUGUGUUGUCCUCCCGCGCCCGGCGCCGGCUCGCAGCAUGGCCUCAACAUCCCGCCUCCGCCGCCCGGUGUCCUCCAGCCCCGUCACCGCCGCGACCCCCGACUGCUGGGCAACGGGCAGUCGCGUCCGGCUGCUGCAAGCGGUGGACACGGAGUACACCGCGGACUCGGUGGAGUGGUGCCCGCUGGACGGCUGCAGGCACUUGCUGGCGUGCGGCACAUACCAGCUGCAGAAGCCGGAGGACAAGAGUGGACUGGACAUGGACGAGCCGCAGGUCCGUCUGGGCCGUCUCUACCUGUACAGUUUCAGUGAGGACAGCUCUGCGUGCCCCCUGGUUGAGAUUCAAAGAAGAGAUACUUCUGCCAUCCUGGACAUGAAAUGGUGGGGACGAUGGCCUGUUGAAAGGCUGGGACACCAGGACGCCCGGUACACCUGUGUUCACCAGCGAGCGGUAAAUCAUCCAGGGGCCAGCGCCUGGCAUAUGACACCAGCCCUGCCCCCUCCGCGGACUGUCCCCUGGAGAGGUGCCCCUGCCUGGCGCUGGCUGAGGCCUUGCCCUUCUGCUCGCAGACACUCCAUGGGCGUAUGCAGCAUCCAGAGCAGCCCCCACCAGGAGGGCAUCCUGGCCACGGGCAGCUACGACGAGCACGUUCUACUGUGGGACAUUCGGAACAUGGAGCAGCCGUUCGCAGACAUGCCCACACAGGGCGGGGUGUGGAGGCUCAAGUGGCACCCCUCCCAGCACCACGUGCUCCUGGCGGCCUGCAUGCACAACGGCUUUACGAUCUUCAACUGCCGGAAAGCAGUGGAGGAGAAGCAGGAAGCCUGCACAGUCUCUGUGUCCCACAAGUUGCCCAACUCACUGGUGUACGGAGCGGACUGGUCCUGGCUCACCUCCUGCCGCCUGCCGCAGAUACAGCCGGCGCCUCCUGUGGGGUCCUCUCUCCCAAGUGACCCAGGAACCCAAACAGCAGAGGCGGCCAAUAACCUGAAGGUUGGAAGCCAGUUGCUGGGACCUCCCUCUUUUGACCUGCUAGUGGGCCACGAUGGAGAGGCUUGUAGCAAACCCCAGAGUGGAGCUAAGGGAAGGCCUUGUCUGCAGCCACUCACAGAGGACACGAUUUUAAGCAACAGCCCAGGGACCAAGAUCUGUGAUUUUGACCUGUACCUGGAAACAGCAAACUUGGACAGCAGCCUCCUAGCCACUUGUUCCUUCUACAAUCAUGCACUUCACCUCUGGAAGUGGGACAGCAGCUGAGCUCUCUCUGGGGAAGGCGGCGUGGGGUUUGAGUCUCGAGGACCGGGGCUGCAGUGACGUGCCCUCCACACCAUUGAGACUUAUGCCGCAGACUGCAGGUGCAAGAGCCCAGUGUGUCUUAUGGGAUCUACAGAAUAAAGUCAAGAAAGCUGUUGGCUUCCCUUAAAUAAACCUUAUCUGCUGGGCCCUUCAAA